GCAGUGACACUGUAAGACCGGCAGGGGCGCCACAUGGUUCAGUGUUUGUAGGAGCGAAUGAACAGUAAACAGAUAAACUACUAGUAGUUCAACUGUCAGGUAACCUGGCGGAUAAACUCUGUUUACGGAAAUUAUUUAAUCGAAAAUCGCCGAAAAGGACAAACUGCUGAUACUCUGUAUAUACCGCAGGAACCGCCAGCCUCAUGAUGUCAGCCGACAGGGAGCUCAGCACAGACGCCUCUGACGACAACAAACUUGUCAGACCAAAGGUGGAGUUCCAUAGUUUACUGCAGCAUGCAGGGGCCACCAAAGAUGUUUUCACUAUGAAGGAGGUGAUGUUCUACCUGGGUCAGUACAUCAUUCAGAAGCAGCUGUACGACCAGAAGCAGCAGCACAUCGUCCACUGCUCCCAGGAUGCAUUGGGGCGGGUGCUGGGAGUCGACAGCUUUUCUGUCAAAGAGCCGAGAAUUCUUUUUGCGAUGAUCACCAAGAACCUGGUGGCAGUGAAUAACCAAGACUCGGCGCCAAGCUCGAGUGCACCACACAGUAACAGUCAGACAGACAGAGAGACAGAGGAUGCAGACUCUGAAAGUCGCCCUUCAUCUCCAGACAGGAGGAUUAGGCGGAGGAGGAGGAGGAGGAGGAGCUGCAGGAGUAAUGAGCCAGGACCGUCGCACAGCACUGAGAACGACGACGAUGACGAGUCAGAAGAGGAAGAGGACGGAGAAGGAAGGAAGAGGAGGAGGUCUGACAGCUACUCCCUCACUUUUGAUGACAGCCUGUCCUGGUGUGUGAUUGGUGGACUGGGAAGUGGGCGGGACAGACACAGCAGCCAAUCAUCCAACUCACACAGCACGUCUGGAACGUCAGAAGUCACGGUUGCGGCCUCAGACAGCGACAACUUCAGUGUUGAAUUUGAGGUCGAGUCCAUCGCGUCUGAUGACUAUAAUGAAGACGAUGCCUCUCUGUCUGCGGACGAUCAGGUGUAUGAGGUCACCAUCUUCGAGACAGAGGAUGAAGACUCUUUUGAUGAAGAUACUGAGAUCACAGAAGCUGAUUACUGGCGGUGCACCAAGUGUGAUGAGUUGAACCCCCCUCUUCCUAGAAACUGUCUCCGCUGCUGGACACUGCGCUGUGAUUGGCUGCCAGAAGACAUAACAAAGUCUGCCUCCUCGAGUCCUAAAGACCUGCCCACAAAGCCAAAUGACCAAUCAGCAGCCAAAGAAGCUCCAGGUUCUGAUGUCGAGGAGAACGAAGGAGUUGACGUUCCAGAUGGGAAGAGGGCGAAAACUCCCCCCUUGUCGCAGUGCCUGUUUGACUCCACUGCUUCUGAGUCCUCCUCAGCUCCCUACUCCCAGGAUCUCUUCUCAUCCUCCCAGCCUUCGUCCUCCUCCUCCUCCCAGCCUCCCUCCUCCUACUCCUCCUCCAUUGACUCUCAGGAGCUCCUCCCGGCUUCGCCCACCGAUCCUCCUCCUCCUCCUCCUGCGGUCCCCGAGCUGGAACGCAGCGUGUCGGCUGAGUGGCGUCUGCCGGAGUCGUGCCUGGACCCGUGUCUUAUCUGUCAGUCCCGGCCGAAGAACGGCUGCAUCGUCCACGGGCGGACAGGACACCUCAUAUCCUGCUACGUCUGCGCCAGGAAGCUGAAGAAAAGGAACAAGCUGUGUCCGGUCUGCAGGCUGCCCAUCCAGUCGGUCAUUCUCACCUACCUCAGCUGAGACACCCAGUCAGUCAGUCAGUCCGUCUGCCUGUACCUCCAGAACUCUUUCAUACAGCAGAUCCAUGUGUGAAGAAGGCCUUCUUGGCUCGCCCUACAGAUUUAUCUCUGCUGAGACUCCACUUCACAGUUUAGGUUCCUUCUCGCCUCAGUAACCAUAGACUUACAUGGACUCAGUACCAAAAUAACAGCUCAUUUUCGUGUUUUACUCCUCUUCUGUCCGAGGGCACAUGUCUGCACUUUGUCGUAGUCUCUCUAUUCAGGAGCUGGUAAGACUGCCAUUAGUCUUUAUUUUUCUUGCUGACAAGACCAAACCAACAAACUUUUUCCCACAUCCCUGCUGCUCCCUACUGAGGCAAAUGACUCAGCCGGUUUUGUCUUUUAUCGUCACAAUGAAAAUCAAACAGAGGAGCAACAGAUGCUAAAUGUUCAGCGUUUUGGUUUUAAAGAUUACUGAAGCACAACACAAGGAAAUUGUGCAUUUGUUGGGGACUAUUUUCAGUGAUGGAUUAGUCCACAUUUGGCACACUAGUGAGUACAUGUGACAGCAGGGCGGAUGUGUUUUUAUUGGAGCUCUGUGGGACACAGGACGAGACUGAUUGACACACAGUUAGCAGAUCCAUUAAUUGUUGGUUUCGGUCUUUUGGUUUGAGAAUAAAAAUGUAGAGUAUCAUUAGUCUUGUUCUUUAAACGACGAUUCAACCUCAGCAGCAUUGAAUGAUUUUUCAUUUUCUUCGUCUGUCCUCAGCUGUCAGAUGAGAUGAUGAGUUUUGUCUCAGUGUCCAACACGAGUGUAAGCAGCUCCAUUUGUAAGUGAGCAAGAAGAAACUGAUCUGCAGCCAUAUUCUCUUCUGAAUUUGGGUGAAAAUGUUGGAUUGCUCCUUUAAACCCAUCAUCUGGUAACGCUGCAUGUGUCCACACUUGAUGUUAUGGGUCAGUAAUUUUCUGGAAAAAUCUGCAUUCACUUUUCAGAAAUUGUUAAUUUAAAAAGCUCAGCUGACCUGCUAUUUAAUAAUUCAGUUAAAUGAAUAAUUAACAUACAAAUUAAACAGUUUUUUUUUUAUAAUUACUAUAUAAUGAUUAGUCAUGAAGUUCUUUCCAAGAGACUUUUCAGCAAAUUAUUAGGAAAUUAAGGUCCCAUGAAGUAAAGCCUUACUAUUUAUUUUACAAGCUGUUUCACAUCCUUUCUGGAAAUAAAUCUAUUAUGUGCUCGUAAUAAUAUUAAAAUUGGAAUCUGCUUCCAUAUUUAGAAACUUAAUUUUCCAUGUAGUUAAUUUGUAAGCUUGAGUGUAACUGCAUGAUUUGUAAUUAACACCAAAUGUUCUUUCCAGGAAACUUUCUUGAAAAUUAGCAGGAGAUUACAGCCCAUAACUCGAAGUGUUACCAACAUCUUUAGUAUUUAUUUUUUAUUUAUGUGAGUGGAAACUUUUCUAUGAGCUCUUUAAAUAAGAAAUAUAUAUAUAUAUAAAUAAGAGAUCUCUAAUUUCUGAUGUUUUCUGUUUGACUUUUGUGUGAAUUGAAUAAAGUUUAACUUCUGUUAA